GCCAGAUCGCUGUCCUCCUGUGCCAAUAAUGAAUAUUUCAGUGACCUCAUAGCUGAAAGAGCAGUUCCACUGACACUUAAUUCUUCUUUGGCUGUCCAUAAACUGUGAAACGGAAGGAUGCAGAAGACCAUUCUUGACCUUUUUGUGAAUGAGUGAUAAGAGCACGAGAUUAUUACAAUUUUGCUGCAAAGAUGAGUUCAGAAGAGAAGAGUAUCUCUCCAGCUCACAAAACGUCCACUCCCUCACAUAGAAGUGCCUCCUCUUCAUCAUCAUCGCAGAGGGACAGGAGGCAGAGUGUUCAUAUUUUGGAGCGGAAGGCUUCUUCAGGAAGCACAGACCCUUCUUUAAGCAAGCAGUUCCUUGAAAAUGACCCUGUCUCUCUAUCCAAGCAGGAACCUGAUAGCUGGGAAAUCAUAGAGGGUCUAAAAAUAGGCCAGACCAAUGUCCAGAAGCCAGACAAACAUGAAGGUUUCAUGUUGAAAAAGAGAAAAUGGCCUUUAAAAGGUUGGCACAAGCGUUUUUUUGUCUUGGAUAAUGGAAUGUUGAAAUAUUCAAAGUCACCAAUUGAUAUACAGAAGGGCAAAGUCCAUGGGAGCAUUGAUGUUGGCUUGUCAGUUAUGUCUAUAAAAAAGAAGGCUCGUAGAAUAGAUCUCGACACAGAGGAACACAUCUAUCAUCUAAAGGUGAAGUCCCAGGAUCCAUUUGAUGCAUGGGUUUCAAAAUUACGCCACCACCGGCUGUACCGUCAGAAUGAGAUUGUGAGAUCUCCGAGAGAUGCUGGCUUUCAUAUAUUCCCCUCAGCCUCUACUACAGAGUCUUCACCAGCUGCUAAUGUAUCAGAUGGAAAGGUGCAACAAAAUAGCUUUCCCUGGCAGCCUCCUAUACCUUGCAGUAACAGCCUUCCUGCCACCUGCACUACUGGUCAGAGUAAAGUAGCAGCCUGGUUGCAGGACUCUGAAGAGAUGGAUAGAUGUGCAGAAGAUCUUGCUCAUUGUCAGUCAAACCUUGUGGAACUCAGUAAACUUCUUCAAAAUUUAGAAAUACUACAGAGAACCCAGUCAGCACCAAAUUUCACAGACAUGCAGGCUAACUGUGUAGAUAUUUCAAAGAAAGACAAGCGGGUCACGAGACGAUGGAGAACAAAAAGUGUCAGCAAAGAUGCAAAAAUUCAACUUCAGGCCAACUCAUCUGGAGAUAAUUUUAGUGAACCUAAAGUACCUAUCUUUUUUUCUUGCAUUCACUGUCAGGAAGGGCCGGUACCGAAGGGCCAGUUCAGCACAACACGACGCCGGCAGAGACUGGCAGCUGCAGUGGCUACAACAGUCCCUUUUAGUGCUACGAUGUCACCUGUACGACUGCAUUCAUCCAAUCCCAACCUUUGUGCAGACAUUGAGUUUCAGACUCCCCCAAGCCAUGUAACAGACCCUCUGGAGGGCUCUACUGAGUACAUGAAGCUUCAAGAAGAAUUCUGUCUGAUGGCACAAAAAGUGCAUUCUCUUUUGAAGUCUGCCUUUAACAGCAUAGCUAUAGAGAAGGAGAAGCUGAAGCAGAUUGUUUCCGAGCAGGAUCUUGCAGGCCACAGUGCUCAAAUAUCCCACCUCAGACAGUCCCUCUCUCAGGCUCUCAACCAGAAUGCUGAACUAAGGAGUCGCUUGAACAGAAUACAUUCAGAAUCUGUUAUUUGUGAUCAGGUUGUCAGUGUAAAUAUUAUCCCUAGUCCUGAUGAGACAGGUGAACAAAUGCAUGUCAGUCUGCCACUGUCUCAGCAAGUUUCUAAUGAGAGCAGGCUCUCGAUGUCUGAAUCUGUUUCAGAGUUCUUUGAUGCACAGGAAGUGCUUCUAUCUGCCAGCUCAUCAGAAAAUGAGGCUUCUGAUGAUGAAUCUUAUAUUAGUGAUGUGAGUGAUAAUAUAUCUGAGGACAACACCAGCGUUGCAGACAACAUCUCUCGGCAAAUUCUUAAUGGUGAGCUAACAGGAGGUGCAUUCAGGAAUGGACGGAGAACUUGUCUGCCAGCUCCCAGCCCUGAUACCAGUAACAUCAAUCUGUGGAAUAUUUUGAGGAAUAACAUUGGCAAAGAUCUUUCCAAAGUAUCCAUGCCAGUUGAGCUAAAUGAACCUUUGAAUACCUUACAACAUCUUUGUGAAGAGUUGGAAUACAGUGAACUCCUGGACAAGGCUGCUGAAACAGAUGACCCUUAUGAACGCAUGGUUCUCAUAGCUGCUUUUGCAGCAUCAGGCUAUGCCUCUACAUACUUCAGAGCAGGAAGCAAGCCAUUUAACCCAGUCCUUGGGGAAACUUAUGAAUGUAUUAGAGAAGACAAAGGAUUUCGAUUUUUUUCAGAGCAGGUUAGCCACCAUCCUCCCAUUUCGGCCUGUCACUGUGAAUCGAAGAACUUUGUGUUUUGGCAAGAUAUUAGGUGGAAAAACAAAUUCUGGGGGAAAUCAAUGGAAAUUCUGCCAGUUGGAACCUUGAACGUGACUCUUCCAAAGUAUGGGGACUACUAUGUCUGGAACAAAGUCACUACUUGCAUACAUAAUAUUCUUAGUGGAAGGAGGUGGAUAGAACACUAUGGAGAGAUAACAAUCAGAAACACAAAAAGCAGUGUUUGUAUUUGUAAACUCACAUUUGUCAAGGUGAAUUACUGGAAUUCAAAUGUAAAUGAAGUCCAAGGUGUUGUGAUAGAUCAAGAAGGGAAGGUGGUGCAUCGCCUUUUUGGAAAAUGGCACGAAGGUCUUUACUGUGGAGUUGCUCCUUCCGCCAAAUGCAUAUGGAGGCCAGGUUCUAUGCCAACCAAUUAUGAACGUUAUUAUGGCUUCACAAGGUUUGCUAUUGAGCUCAAUGAAUUAGAUCCUUUACUGAAAGAUCUUCUUCCCUCAACAGAUGCGCGAUUCAGGCCAGAUCAAAGGCUUCUGGAGGAAGGGAAUGUAGAAGCAGCAGCAUCCGAGAAGCAAAGAAUAGAGGAACUCCAGAGAGGUCGCAGGCGGUACAUGGAAGAAAAUGGCAUUGAAUAUGUACCCAAAUUUUUUAAAAAAGUUAUUGAUGCUAAUCAAAGAGAAGCCUGGGUUACCAAUGACACCUACUGGGAACUGCGAAAGGAUCCUGGCUUUAGUAAAGUAGAUAUUCCUGUACUCUGGUAAACUGAGAAUGUAGAUCUAGUAAACAUAUCACUGAAGAAAAAAAUAACUAUGCACAAUAUGUUUCUUAAAGCUAAGCGUGGUUCGUGGGUCUGUUGGAAAAUCCUAUCAUUUGCAUUUUUAUUCAUCUUUAUAAUGGACUUUUGAAAGUGCAUUAGACCAGGCCCCUGACCACUUCUGGAUCUUUCCAGUUUUGCAGCAGCCAUU